AUGGACAAAGAAACGCCACCAGUUGAAAACUGGCUCAACCUAGAUGAGAUUGAGGAUGUUGCCACCAAAACAGUGAGCCGCAAGGCAUGGGGAUACUAUUACUCUGCGUCCGACGACAAGAUCAGCAAGUACAGAAACACAGAGGCCUUCCGUUCGAUUCAGCUUAGACCAAAGGUGUUCAUCGACUGCACAAACUGUGAUCUCAGCACAAAACUGCUAGGGAACCCCGUCUCUCUACCGAUCUACGUGUGCCCGGCAGCUAUGGCCCGCCUAGGUCACCCAUCUGGAGAAGCUGGCAUCGCAGAAGCAUGUCGAAGCUUUGGAGCUCUGCAAAUCAUCUCGAACAGUGCAUCAAUGACCCCCGAGCAGAUUGUUGCAGGCGCGACCGAAGACCAAGCGUUUGGUUGGCAGCUAUACGUGCAAAGCGACCGUACCAAGAGCGAAAAGAUGCUGGCUCGUAUUAACAAGCUCAAAGCGAUCAAGUUUAUCGCGCUUACUCUAGAUUCCCCUGUGAGCGGAAAACGGGAAGAUGACCAACGCCACGGCAAUGUCAACAACACCAUGACAGAGUCCAGUUCGGAAGGGGGUCUGUUUGAGCAUUUUGAAAAUAAUGCUAUCAAGCCGGAGCAUCAGACUGAAGACCAGGUCUUCGCUGGAAUGGACCCUUCUCUCACAUGGGCGGAGACUCUGGCGUGGUUGGCCAAACACACAGCUCUUCCAAUUGUGCUUAAAGGGAUACAGGCUCACGAGGAUGCUUAUAUUGCGAUGAAGUAUAGAUCCCAGGUCAAGGGUAUCAUAUUAUCCAACCAUGGAGGUCGUUCACUCGAUACGGCACCCCCCGCUGUUCACACGCUGCUCGAGAUCAGGAAGUACUGCCCUGAGGUUUUUGAAAACCUGGAAGUCUGGAUCGAUGGGGGCAUUAAGAGAGGAACAGACGUGGUUAAGGCAUUAUGUUUGGGCGCAAGGGGUGUGGGAAUAGGAAGAGCCGCGCUCUGGGGCCUGGGUGCUGGAGGCGUUGACGGCGUAAAGAGGACAUUGGAAAGUAUGAACCAAGGGGCGAAUACAAAGAUCAAAAGAAUACUGCUGACAUAUCUUGAUAGUUCUAAGCGAAGAGACGAAGACCUGUAUGCGUCUGCUUGGCGUGGAACAUGUCAAAGACCUUGGACCACAACAUGUAAGUCAACAUACAAUAUGUCCUCCCAUACGAAACCUUCAUGCAGGGUUCAGAUAUACCUAUUCACCUGCUAUUGCCAGAUAAAUACUAGACUUCUUGACCAACAAAUCUACGACGGACCGUCAGGGCUUGAGUGCGACCGAAUGCCCGGCUCAUCCAGGCUGUGA